AUGGCAUACCUCUGUCAGGCCUAUGACUUCCGCCCCCACUGGACGUCUAAUCUAGCCGAUCACCUCAAAAUCGACACCGACAGCAGAACGAUCACCGUCUACGAGCACAAGAUCUUUCUCUGGAACCACCUCGAGUCCAACAACCACUGGGAGAGUCUCAACAGCUCAGCGGUCCUACCGCGGUCAGUGCUCUCAGAGGCGAUAGAUACGCUCAACCUGCUCUUCCCAUUCGGAGACGACGCCACAGAAGCCCUCCUGAGGCGCGCGGGGAAAGAGUUUUCGUUAUAUAGGCUAGGAAACUGCGGCAGGGGGCGCCAGUUCGAGAUGUCCAGGUACAACUACUGGCGCGACGAGCUCGAGGAGAUCGCCGCUGUAACCUCGCAGCCUCCGCGCGGCAAGGCCCAGUUCAUGCUAGACAGCGAGGGGACAAAUUCCCGCGAUGUCUGGACGUUCUGGACGGCAAUCGCUUUUGGGGCCCUGGCGGUCCUCGGCGUCGCUUCGGUACCAGCUGGCGUUGGCGCAGGCUUGCUCGGCGGAGAAUUCGACGGAUACUCUGCCCGAGUUUUGCAGCUGAAAGCCGGAUAA